GGUUGCUUAUUUCCCAGUCUGUCAGCUCUAAGAAGGCCAGUUGUCUGACACUAGCAUCCAGUACAACAAAACAUCAAAUAUUUCAGAUCCUGCACUUAAAUAUCAACACUUUUAUUAGUAAAGUAAAAUUAGCUCAUAAUACUGGGAACAUCACUAGCCAAGUUGACUGAGCAUCUCCCCAGUUUAGAACUCUGUUUUGGUGAAAAUAUUUUGAUGAAUUCAUAAUUAAUCAUUGGUAGUAUACAAUUCAGUUAUUUAGAGAGUGAGGGGAAGCGAGAUAGGGAGAGAGAAAGAAAUGUCAACUUGUUGGCUCCACUCAUUUGUGCAUUUAUUGGUUGCUUCUUGCAUGUGCCCUGACUGGGGUCGAAACCACAACCUUGGUGUAUUGGGACAGUGCUCUAAUCAACUGAGUUACCCAGCCAGGUCCCAAAGGUGUACUUUUAAGUAAUGUUUCCACUAUAACACUGAUUUCUUCAAAUUGAAGAAAUUCACCCUGGCUGGUGUGAUUCAGUGGAUUGAGUGCCAGCCUGAGAGCCAAAGGGUCGCUGGUUCAAUUCCUAGUCAGGGCACAUGGCUGGGUCGCAGGCCAGGUCCCCAUUGGGGGCCAUGCGAGAGGCAACCACACAUUGAUGUUUCUCUCCCACUCUGUCUGUCUCUCUUCCCCUCACUCUAAAAAGAAGUAAAUAAAAUCUUAAAAAAAUAUUUUAAAAAUUGAAGAAAUUCUUAAUUUUCCAUAUGCUUUACAUACUUAUGACUAGUCUAUGCUUUUUAUACCUUUUGGAGUCACACCAAAUGGUAAGGACUCUCUUGAGCAACUUAACUAAUUUUUACAUGUGCUAAAAUUUUAACUCUGUUCUUGGAAGUCAGCGUACUUAGUUUAUGAAGGCAAGCUUGCCAGUGUUCUGGCCAUACAUAAGUCUCCAUUAUAAAAUUGUGCCAUGCAGUUGGAUUUUGAAGUAAAAUAACAAAAUCAUUUUUCAAAUGUAGUACUUACUAAAGACCACUUCAGGAACCAGGAUCAGGGAGUUUCUGCUGGGAUUGAUAUUAACUAGCUAGAUAAAACUUUGACAAGCCACUCAAACAGUUUCCAAGACUGGAAAAUAAGAGGUUUAGAUUAGAUUCCAGAGGUCUCUUCCACCUCUAACCUUUUGUGAUUCUUAUGUCUACAUUCUACUUUCUCCUCUUUGCACCAUUAUUCAAGAUUUUGCUGUGGAAGUGGGGGUCCACUUGGCAAAGGUUCGUUGCAUAGUUUCCUUACCUGGGUGUUUUGUAUUAAAGGUAGGUCAACAUUUUAAUUUCUUUAUUUUGAAAAAUUUAAAUACAGAAAACUAUGAAUAUACAUGAACCCACUGCCCAGAAAAAAUAACAGGUGCUUGUCAUAUGUGCUUUGUAUUUUUUGAAAUAAAUUUAAGUCUUAGUUUUAUAGUAAAAGUUACAUUGUCUAUACAUACAAACACACACUAUGAAAUACUUAGUUUUUUACAACACUCUAUUGACUUGCAGCCAUUUCUCAUUUUACAGUAAAGAGGACUAAUGAUCUGAAUUGGUUUUUUUUUUAUGAUCUGAAUUGUUGAUUAUUAGGUUCUAUACUCCCAUUCUAUCUUUGUUAAUACAUUAAUGGGUUCGAUAAGGUGGAGUUGCUCUGAUGUUAAUAAAAUGUCCUAUUUUAAUUUUGAGUGCACUUAAGUACUUCUAAUAACAUGAAAUGUUUUCACAUAAAUACUGAGGUAUCUGUAAUGACCCGAAUGGGGGUAUGCAUGUGUGAAGAAGGGUCAGGGCAAAAGUGUUCUUUAAUCAGUUCAGGGAUCUCAGCUUCAGUUGUAGGGGUUGGGGUGAGUUCCUAACAUAAAACAAACACAUUCUUCCUUCUUCAGCGUUGCAUUGGAAGUGUGUCAACUGGACAUUUUCAAAGGCUCGGCCAGAGAAAUAAAAAUUCAAACUCAAUCUCCCGGCAGCUGAUGGUUCUGCUACACUUACUUUGUCACCUGUCUUGUGUGAAAGCACAAAUAAAUCAGAUGGAAAAUUAUCCCUCCUCUUCCAUUUCAUAUUGGUAACAUUUCUUCUAAUGGGACUACUUUUCAUGAAUAAAAUGCCCAGGUAUCUUGGGUCGUUUUUAGAAAACACUGUGUUAAAAAAAAUGCCACUUUGGAGUUAGAAAAAGAACAUGAAUACAGAACUAUGGUGUGUGUGUGUGUUUCUGCAACAAAUGUGAAACUGUUCCAGAAAAAACCCUCUAAUUGCUGCCAAAGAACCUGCUUGCUCUUGCAUGUGUUCUUGCUUUGUCCUUUAGCAAUUACUUGCUGUGUGACCUUGGGCAAAUGGCCUUCCUGUAUCACAUUUUGCUUAUUUGAAAGAGAUAUUUGUACCUAAUAUGGUUAUAUAAAGGUAGUUAAUGUGUGUCUUAGACCAGCCCUUGUCAGAAAGUAAAUAAAUAUGGCCAGUUAUAUCUAAUUCCUAAGGCCGAAAGGUGAAACUUUUAAAGAACUUUUUAAAAAGCAAAUUGUGUCUUAAAUAUUUAUGUAUCAUCCCAAUCCUUUAUAUGCUUCAUAUGUGUUGGGUGCAGUUUCGGGGUGCACAUUAUGAGUUCUGUUUAAGCUUGGCAUUGUGACUAUUCAUAAAUGAUUAACAAAUGCUUUAAAAGAAUAGAGUUUACAGAGCAAGAUAAGGAUUAUUAGAUACUGUUAACAAGCUCUUCUGGAGGUUUUUAAUGAGUCUCUUGAAUGAUUUAAGUUCCAUAAAAAGAUACUGGAAUAAGCAGGUUCACCUCUCCCAGUCUUUAAAGUUACACAGUUUGAAUUUCAAAACUUUAUUCCACUGGCUGAGCUGUUCAUCAGUUUCCUAACCCUAAACUGUGUGUGUCCAGCUACCUAUGAGCAAAGAACAAAUUGUUCCAUUCUUUAUAGUUGUGCCUGAGUUUUACAAGUUAAGACAUUUGGCUAGGUUAGACCAUUCAUUCUACAACUUGGUACACAAUUAGAAUACUGUGUCAUAAUUAUGGCAAGGGAUUAGCAUGGAUUUAUACAUAUUUUGUUCCACUUUGCUUUAGUACCAGAUGGAGUUAUCCCCGUUUUAUAGGUGAUUUGCUUGAGGUCACCCAGUGAGUGUGGCAGAGCUUGAUUUUAAAUCCAGGUCUGUUCUUUCCACUACUGUGCAGGAUGGCUCCUGUUUAUGUUUUUGAGGGGGUAGAAAACAUGGGAAGAUUUUGGUGCUAACAAAGCAAUACAGACAACAGACGGGAAGAGUAUGCUAAUGGAGAAGCAGAGCAGCUCCAGAUAAGGUCCUUCCAUUCUGCUCUUCCUCUCCUGGGCCUAACUAAUCCUUUUCCAAAUAUUCUGAGGUGCUUUGCCUCUCCAUUUCUUGAGCAUGGGAAAUACAUAAUUCCAUAUGUAUUAACAGGCAUCUCAAACAACUUUUCUAAAACUGAACCGAUCUUACCCUGCUCCACCUCUGAAUAAUUGCAACUCCAGUCUUUCACUUGCUCAACUAAAGUUUGGAGUUACUGAUUCCUUGUUCAUGUCCAGUCUAUCGACAAGAUUGCGAAUCCAAUAGCUUCUCACUUGCUGCGCUGCCAUACUACACUAGUUCAAGCCAUCAUCAACGCCCAAAGUUCUCACCAUGCUCAGAGCCACCCACCUCCCUGAUUUCUGUGGCCACCAUUCAUCCCCUGCUUUCUCACGCAGUCCCUCAAAUACACCAGUGCUAUUCCACCUUUGCACUUGCAUCUUCCUUUACCUGGAGAGCUCUUCCCUAGUAUCAGCGUGGUUAACUUCUUUCCUUAUUCUGAUCAUGGUUUAACUGUGUUGGUGUGGACUCCUCUGACCACGCUAUUUUAAACCGCAAACCGUUCCCCCUUCCAUGCUUCAUUUUUCUCUAUGCCACUACCACCAUUUUUUAGAGUGUGUGAUUCUUGGUAACUGUCUCCAUAUAGUAGAAGGAAACUUCACGAGGCCAAGGAUUUUUGUUCGUUUUUAAUUGCAUUUCCUCAGUGCUUAUAACUGUAUCAGGCCCAAAGGAGACGUUCAAUAAAAUAUUUAGUGCAUGAACUGCAGGAGCAGCAGAAGCAUCCAAGCAAAUUGUUGCAUAGCAAGGUUCUAGUUUGCUGCUGCUGUAGCGGUGCGAGUUCUCUCUGCCAACUUUUUAGAAAUAAAACAAAGUCAUGUUCCUCAGUUGUCGGGUCUACAUUCUUCUUCCGACCCUUCAAGUCCGAAUGACCCUUUUUUCGCCUCUCCGUUAGCUGGAAGGUAAACAAGAGGUGCCUUCCCGCACUCGACUUCAGUUCAGGGGAUGCCACGGCCCGGAAACGCCCGACUACGACUACCUCCACUUGAAGCAGCCGGAACGUUUCUGCUGGGUCUCUGGGCGUGGCGGAAGGCCUUUGAAGGAGCCCUUGAGCAGCUUGGGCGGAGCUUCCGGGUAAAGCGGCUUCCGGGCAAAGAGGCGGCUGGCGGGACUGGAUAUUGAAUAAUAUAAUACAUUUAAGAAAAAAAUGGAUGAAGAACCUGAAAGAACUAAGCGAUGGGAAGGAGGAUAUGAAAGAACAUGUAGUUACUGCUUAUAGGGAGAUUCUUAAAGAAGAUGAAUCAGGAUCACUUAAAGCUACAAUCGAAGACAUUCUCUUCAAAGCAAAGAGAAAAAGAGUAUUUGAGCACCAUGGACAAGUUCGACUUGGAAUGAUGCGCCAUCUUUAUGUGGUAGUAGAUGGAUCGAGAACAAUGGAAGACCAAGAUUUAAAGCCAAAUAGACUGACGUGUAGUUUAAAGUUGUUGGAGUACUUUGUAGAGGAGUAUUUCGAUCAAAAUCCUAUUAGUCAGAUUGGAAUUAUUGUGACAAAAAGUAAAAGGGCCGAAAAACUGACAGAACUCUCAGGAAACCCUAGAAAACACAUAACAUCUUUGAAGAAAGCUGUAGAUAUGACCUGCCAUGGAGAGCCAUCUCUUUAUAACUCUUUAAACCUGGCUAUGCAAACUUUAAAACACAUGCCUGGACACACAAGUAGAGAAGUCCUAAUCAUCUUUAGCAGCCUCACAACUUGCGAUCCAUCUAAUAUCUAUGACCUAAUUAAGACCCUGAAGGCAACUAAAAUUAGAGUGUCUAUUAUUGGAUUGUCUGCAGAGGUUCGGGUUUGCACUGUGCUUGCUCGUGAAACUGGUGGUACGUACCAUGUUAUUUUAGAUGAAAGCCACUACAAAGAAUUGCUAAUGCAUCACGUUAGUCCUCCUCCUGCUAGCUCAAGUUCUGAAUGCUCACUUAUUCGAAUGGGAUUUCCUCAGCAUACAGUUGCUUCUCUGUCUGAUCAAGAUGCAAAGCCCUCUUUCAGCAUGGCGCAUUUGGAUAGCAAUACUGAGCCAGGACUUACAUUAGGAGGCUAUUUCUGCCCACAGUGUCGGGCAAAGUAUUGUGAGCUUCCUGUUGAAUGUAAAAUCUGUGGUCUGACUUUGGUGUCUGCUCCCCAUUUGGCACGGUCUUACCAUCAUUUAUUUCCCUUGGAUGCUUUUCAAGAAAUUCCCCUAGAAGAACAUAAUGGAGAAAGAUUUUGCUAUGGAUGUCAGGGGGAAUUGAAAGACCAACAUGUCUAUGUUUGCACUGCGUGCCAAAAUGUUUUCUGUGUGGACUGUGAUGUUUUUGUUCAUGACUCUCUCCACUGUUGUCCUGGCUGUAUUCAUAAUACGCCAGCUCCUUCAGGCUUAGACAUGCAAACUCACAAGACGACCAUGGCCAUGCAUGGCAGUUCACCCCAAGGGAUGUUAAACAGGAGCAGCAGGCUGCCGGGAGGGCGCCGUCAGGCAGCUCCGUCAGGCAGCUCCGCAGCAGUGGGAGGCCUGGUAGCAGUGCAGCCAGCACGUGCACGGCGAUGGGCCCCUCCUCCUCUGGCCACAAGGAGCCAAGAUCUCUUCUGACAGCUCCAUAAGCACAACUUCCAUGUCCCCUGUAAGGGACAUGUUGCUCUCAAGAGUCACCACACUCAGGAAAGCCUGGGGCAUGAGGUUCUUAUCAGAUUAUUAGUAUUGCAUCCAGUCCAGUUACAAUUUAGUCAUCAGGAGUCAUUUUGACCAGAAGCAAAGUCGCCCAAAAUUGUAGUUGACAUUUCUAUCUUUAUCCAUUACCACAGAAUAGAGCUAGAAAGCUUAACCGAAGGUGAUUCACAUGUGGCGAAGGAAAGGGUCUUGUUAACCUUUUCACUCUCACAUGCUAAACUUGUUACUUUAAAGCUUCUGUAGUCAUUGGUAAACUUUAACUUAGUGGAGUGUAUCUAAUCCCACCAUUUUGGUUGUUUGGUAUGAGACUGAUUUACCAUAUAGUUUAAGCUAAAGGAAGUUGUGGUGUCUAUCCCUGUCGGCCUCACUCAGCUUCAUGCCCAGGGACUAUUUAACUUAAUCCUCUUUACCUUUCCCACUCCAGGUCAUCAGAAGAACUUAGGUGAGAAGGUAUGAUGAGGUCUGUUUCAGGCUGAAUGUAGAUACACCAUUAAAGGCAGAGCUCUUUUCAGGGUCCACUCUGGUGAGAGUGAAUCAGGUCUCCAUAGCAAAAGUAUGUUUAUUUUAAAUCUAAGGUCAAUCAUUCUAGAUUGAGUUUCACUAUGAUAUUCAUGAUUUUAGAAAUAAUAAUUAUUAGUGAAGUAUGUUAUCAAUAAAGACAGUGUAAAUUCCACCCCGGACAGUCUGUCCAAUAAAUCUUGGAUGGAGCCCAGGAAUGUGCAUUUUUAGCAGUGUGCGCACUCACAUGCACACACAAAAAAUGUAAUGUGACCAAAGCGACAGAUCUUUCUCCCAAGAGUCAUACCUAAAUGAUUCUUUCUGUGGAAACAGGUUUCAGCUCUAGGUAAUUAGGUAACCGCUGCCUUCUUCCUUUCACUCUG